CAAGGGCCCUGAAGCUUGUGGCGCGAGACGCCCGCCGUGCUCGCCCAAUGUUCGGGGCGUCUUCAGCGCCAUCGGUAAUACGCCUCGACGCAUGCGCCAGUCAAUGACAUCGGCGCUUGCAUCGGUGUCAUCGGUGCUCCGCCAGGAGCCAGAGGCCACUCAGAAGCCGGACGCUGCCGAGCCCGCGGGCAGUACCACUGGACGCAAGCGCCGAAAGCGUCGCAGCCCCGAAGGCGAUGCACCCGGGGCGUCGGAGAGCUUUGAAGGCAGGGCGAUGACAGCCCCGGAGCCGACAGACCCGCAGCCGCUCAAGGGCGAGAACGAGAAGCCCCGCAGGCGCCGCCGGAGGGAAGCAGGCGAGCAAGCCAGCGCGGAGCCAGGCGCUGCCGAGGAGGCGGAACGCCAGGUGGAGCGCCAGCGCGACCGCUCGGGAGCCAGUGCUGCCGCUCGGGAGCCACGCGCAGACAAGCCCCAGGUGGAACUCCAGGUGCUCAGCGCCCCGAGCCUCGAGGACGACGCGCUCGAGCAGCCGAGGGAGGGCGCCGUGCGCCAGGCGGCGGACCGCUUCUCGGGGGAGGCAGGUAGCGCGGCCACGCGGAAGCCAAGCGCUGACGAGGGGGAGGAGUUGGACGUGGAGUCCCAGGUGAAACCCCAGGAGGUGAAACCCGAGAAGGCCGAUUGGACGGACGACUUGGAUAUGGCAGAUACGUACGAGGUCAACACGUCGAUUUGGGACAGCAUGAUGUUUUUCGGGUUCCCCGAGCUCGGAUGGAACGUGUCCUUUACGCUGCUCUUCGGCUACGUCGUCAAUCUCGUAUCCCAGCUCGCGUUCUGCUUCGUGGUCUAUACAUACAUGCUCAAACCGAACGUUAAUUCGUCCACGCUCAGUAAUUUGCUCAAGUUUCGGCUGAGCCUCGCGCACAACUCAGAGUUCGCGGACCCCAUGACGAAGCAAUCUUUGGCGAGGCAGGUUUGCAGCACAAAUGAGAAGGUGCACUUCGCCGCUGGGCAGAUAAGCGUCUUGUCGGACGUGCAGAAAUUCUUAAGGGGCGGGCCCACGCUGAUGAUAAUCGCAGAGAUCCUCUUUCUCGUAGUCAUCGUCAAGGAGAUGGGCGCCAUCGUGCAUUUCUACCAAGCCGUCAUGUCGCUAGAUCGGGCGGAUACCACUCAGGUUAAUCUGACUGUACAAAGGGGUCCUUACUUGUCAUCCAUUACGGCUCGAUUUGAAAAUAUCCAUCGGAUGCGUGUUCGCUUUACCUGGGCUCUCAUCACCGUGCCCCGCGCGAUCAUUUGCGUACUGCUUGGUUUCACAGGCAUCCUCUUCAUCGGCAAGACCAGCAACAUCGAUGACCUUAUCCUCAACUGCCUGGCGACAGUCUUCAUUAUCGAACUAGACGAGCUAGUCUACGACUGCUUGGCACCCAGGCGGCUCAAGACGCUGCUGAACAAUAUGGAGCCUUUGCCGUGCCACGCACGAGUGCUGGCCAGUGCUGUCCAAACGGAUCGCAUCAAGGAUGUCAUGCCAGUGCUGGCGCCGGUCUUGAAGGUGGUUUUCGUGUGCGUGUCACUCUUUGCCACCAACGAAUUGGUGCUCAAGCGAUUCUUCUGGCAGCUGGAGCAAGUCGAUCACAUCUUGUGCUCACAGGACAGUCUGCUCGAUUUUGUGUACGCUCGGAACUCAGCCAACGGCAUCAUCUACGUGGCCAGGUCCCAUGAUGCCGACGCCUGGACGGCGGACGAAGUCACCGUGUUGGAGGUGUCGAUGCUUGACAUUGAGCCCAGUUUCGAUUGGAAUCCUAGCAUCUUGGCCAAGCAGCAGGAGCUCCGCAACGGCGGCGUGGAGGACCCCCCCGCUAUCGUUCUCGGCCACUCGGCGGCGCUUGUCCAAGACACAGCGUUCGACGCCAGCAGCUACGACGCCCUCGAGGAGCUCGGCGACAGCCCGCUGCAGCUGGCGGCAAACAUCCUCGUGUGCCACGAUCUUGGCUCCAAGUCGGAGAGGCCCAGCUACCGCGCAGCCCUGCGGCAGCUGAUGGGCAACGCCAGCAUCGUAACCUGCGCUGAGGUUCCUUGGGGGCAUUGUGCCCGGCGCGAGAUGACGCAGCUCAGGGCGCUGUGCCCCGUGCGCUGCAACUGCCACGUGCCCCCGACGUACGAGAUCGAAGGCCAGAAGGCUCUCGCCGGCUACUUCCAGAGUCCGCGAGGCGGGUGCCCGAAGUCGUGCCGGGCACAGCUGAUGACAUCCAACGAGUUGCGCUUCGUCAGAGGGGCCGCACCUAACUCGACUGGAACGAGCAGCACUGAUGGCAGCAGGUGCGCAGAUGUUGAGCCAGAUGCAAUCAUCUUUGGCGGCGAUGGCAGCAUGAAGAGUUCAAAGGAGUGCCUUGUCAACGGGACCGUCGCCGCCGAAUGUGGCGGUUUGCCCCCAGACGCGUUCUGGUGGCUCUCGUUUGCAGCGGGCUUGUUCGAGCACCUCACGGCCGACGUGGCAUUUCCAGACGUUGUCGAGGCCUCCGUGCAACUGGUGUUCCCGGACCUUAAAGACAGCAAGAGGCGUGAGCUUGCCAGGUGGAUCUCGAAUGGGAGUUUGAUUGAAUCGUUCCUGGAUGGCCACUGGGAGCUGAUGCGCGACGUACCGCACCCGCGGAACCUGACUGGGUGCGACUACCUCGCAUCUUACGAGGUCAGGGUGUUGUUAAACGCCGACCUCUGCAGCGCGAGCGAGUUUUCCUCGAUCCAGUUCAUGUGCCCGGUCUCGUGCGGGUGCUCUCUCGGCGAGAUGUACAGGUCGUCUCCGUCGUCCGACGGCGUCCAGUUCAUGCGUGUUGACGACAUCUUCAUGGUCAGUAACAGGAUGGAGGACCUGGGCUUCUGCCCUGCCGCAUGCCUGAUGACGCACCCGAGUAUCUCUGGAGAUUCCAGCUACGAUGCCAUCGGCGGCCACAGCGACAGCGCGGACGGCGCGGACGACGAGGACUACGGCAUGGACGAUUACUUCAACCAAUAUUACUACCACUACGAGGAGAAUGACGACUGCGCGAACCGCGGCUCUCAGUGGGCCACGGACGCCGCGGGGUACACUUGCAAGCACUGGGCUUUUUUUCAUUGGGAGUGCACGGACUACUACGACGACGCCGACUUCUGUCUCUGAUUUGUGCUGUUGGUGCGGUGGUGGAGAUCGCUCUCUCUGAGUUUGCACUUUGUCUCAGAUUGCUCUUUGCAUUACGAUGCGUCUUAUAAUAUUACGCUUAAUCAAUCAAUAAGUUUCAAACCCUCUAGAAUCGAGAUGCAGACCAACCAAAGAGUUGUGUACCUAUCUGAUGGCGCUGUGCGAGUGCUUCUGGCCCGUAUGCGUGGGCGAUGGCUCGGGUGUUGGGGUGACAGGGUGUUGGGGCGUCAGGGGGCUCCCACCCUUAUAAGCCGCCCGUGAGCUUUAUUUUAAGCUCCUUUGAACAUGCUCUUCAAGAAUCUGGCCCCCGAGCGGGAGAAUCUUCUACGGCGCGUCUUUCUCGCUAGUGCAGGACCUCGUCGAGGGCACCCCUCGUCGAGGGCACCCCUCGUCGAGGACGCCCCUCGUCGACGUCCUUUUCUUCGUGCUCCUUACUGUCCUCUGUCGUCGUCGUCGCCGUCGCCGUCGUCGUCGUCCG